UAUCCGAUUGAGAUCCCACGAAAUCUUAACCUGGAAACACUAUACCUAAUAGCACUAAGCCAGAGGCGACAACAGCAACAACCGAGUCGUAAUAUAAACGGAAAAUACCUCCCUUUCCCUCUUGGGAUCAAAGACCAAAUUGAAGAAGAGAAGACAGAUUCAUCAAUGGCUCCAAAAGCGAUCACGAGUCCAGUUCCUGUGAAUUUGUAUCCAGCCCUAGCUCUCUCUAUGCUUGCGAUCGGCCUCAUGGUUACUGCUUCCUUCUUCAUCUAUGAAGCAACCUCAUCUAGGCGAAAUCGUAGCCUUGUUAAGGAGCUUACAACAGGAGCAAUUGCAUCAUUUUUUCUGGGUUUUGGAUCACUAUUCCUGCUACUUGCUUCUGGUGUUUAUGUUUAGGGUCUUGACGUAGAACCUUGAAAUUUUUUUAAGUGUCAGUUAUUCGUGAAAGAUGAUAUGGUUGACAUUGUUAGUUAAUUCAGCUGUGAACCGUAAUGUAAUGGUUAGAGGUUUCUGGCUCGGAGUAUCCUUCCUAAUCAAUACUGUUUUUAAGUUUCAUGGGAAGCUUUUCAGAUAAGACCUAUUAUGUAGCCUACUUCGAUCCUUUAUUGUUGGCAGAGCCAGGAAUAUUUUUAUGAGAAAAGUAUUUGCAAUUUGCAAUACCAA